ACAUUCACCAUGAAGCUCUUGAUCUUGGCUUUGUUCAUUGUUGGUGCCUAUGGAUGUGGGCGGCCCACCUUCCCACCCAUUGUGAGCAGGGUAGUUGGAGGUGAUGAUGUUAGAGCCAACAGCUGGCCCUGGCAGAUCUCUCUCCAGUACAAGAGUGGCUCAAGCUACUACCACACCUGUGGAGGAACCCUGAUUGCAGACCAAUGGGUUCUUACUGCGGCUCACUGCAUCAGUAGCAGUCGAACGUACAGAGUGUAUCUGGGCAAGCACAGCCUGAACACUGCCAAUGAGAAGGGCUCCAUUGCAAUGGAUGUUGAGAGGAUCUUUGUCCAUGAGCAAUGGGACUCUCAGAGAAUCAGGAAUGACAUUGCCUUGAUCAAGCUGCAGAGCCGUGUGCAGCUUUCUGACAUUAUCAUGCCUGCCUGUUUGCCUGAGGAUGGACUGGUGCUGCCCGGCGACACCCCCUGCUAUGUCACUGGCUGGGGCCGUCUUUGGACUGGAGGCCCCCUUGCAGAUGCCCUGCAGCAGGCUAUGCUCCCCAUAGUCAGCCAUGCUACUUGCAGUAAGCCUGACUGGUGGAGCACUCUGGUCACUGAGCAAAUGGUGUGUGCUGGAGGAGAUGGUCAGCUGGCUAGCUGCAAUGGUGACUCUGGUGGCCCUCUGAACUGUCAGAGAUCUGAUGGUGCCUGGAUAGUUUAUGGUGUGGUAAGCUUUGGCUCCAGUAUGGGCUGCAACUAUUACAAGAAGCCUUCCGUUUUCACCCGUGUGUCCGCCUACAUCCCCUGGAUCAACAAUGUAAUGACCAGAAAUUAAACUGAUGUGCUUCAUGGGCAAAUAAAAUAUGUAUAUUCGCA